AUGUUUUUUACAGCCACAAGUGCGCAAACGACACUAACUCCCACAUCCUUAUCUAGUCCUUGCCCGGACUCUCUAAUUCUAUGCGGCAACACUAUUUGCUAUACUCCAACAACACAAAUCUGUACAGACACCAAUCAAAUAAUCCAAUGCAUUCGUGUUUGCGGAAAUCAAUGCUACAGUCCUCCAUAUCAAGCCUGUGUCAACAAUGUGACGAUGUGUAACAUUCCAAACAACUCCCCCUACUAUGGAUAUGGAUACCAGGCCUCUUUAGCUCAAUCGUGUAACGGAACCUGUUAUGACUCGACAUCACAAAAGUGCAACAACAGCAUCAUUCAGUGUAUCAGCAACUGUGGAAGCAAGUGCUAUAAUCCAUCCGCACAACAAUGUUUCAAUGGAACGCUAUGUUCAGUACAACAAAGUAUUUGUACCGUUAAAUACGACAGUUGGGGAAUGGUGUAUAAUCCGUCAUCACUUCAGUGUUACGACCCUUCGAAUCAAGUGUGCAUUAACAGUUCACUUUGCUCGUAUCCAUCUCGAGUAUGUAACGGACAGUGUCUUUUGGAUACCCACUGUGCGUCAACAAUGCCACUACAUGUGCCGUUGCGAAUAAUUCCAUGUACUAUACGUACGGGUACGGUGCGUCUUCAGCCGAAUCGUGUAACGGAACCUGCUACGAUCCGCCGUCACAGACAUGUCAGAGCGGCAGUGUCACGUGUAUUGAUAACUGCUUCGCGAAAUGUUACAAUGCAUCUGUGUAAGGAUGCUUCAAUGGAACACUGUGCCCUAUUCAGGAAAAUCCUUGUACCGUAA